UUAGUGUGUCAUCCGGUUGAGGAGUGGAGGACUGAAGCUGGACCAGAACAAGCUUUUAGCAGCAAAUACAGAGUUAUAUCAAUGCACAGACGCAGACGGCUGUGUUGGCUGCAUACAGACGAAGCUGGCUGCGACUGAAAGAAAGUGAAAGCGACUUAUCUCCAAUAAGGUUGGGCCAUGAAUAAACAACCAAGCAAGGAGAGUCUCAAGGACAAGGUGAAGGGGAUCUUUGGGCUGGGACCCCCGCGGCCACCGAGCAAACAGAGUGAAACCAGACCAUCAGAGUUCAUCAUUACGACUGACAUCAUCAAGGAGCUUCAUCCAGACUGCGGUUUAAGCAACCGUGUUCGCAUGAUGAACCAUGUCUGUGAUCUUGCCAAAACAAAAAAAUUUGAGGAGCAUGCGGUGGAGGCUGUAUGGAAAGCUGUGGAGGACAUGCUGACUCCAGAGCAGCCACCUGAGGCCAGACAUGCUGUCCUGCAGCUGCUGAGGGCCAUUAUACAGGGACAGGGCGAGCGGCUCGGCCCUCUCAGAGCCUACUUUUUCAAGGUGAUCAGAGACUACCAACCAUGCAACGAGGACCUCUCUGAUAGGCUGGAAGUCUUCAAGGCCUUAACUGAGAACGGGAAGGACAUCACUUACCUGGAGGAGGACAUAGCACGUUUUGUCCUCCUGUGGAUGGACAUCGGUCUCACCUCCGAUUUUCUCCAUGUACUUGUAAAUUUGGUGAAGUUCAACAGCUGCUACCUGGACCAAAAUGUCUCCAUCAUGGUCCAAAAAAUCUGUCUCCUGUGCAACAGAACAACAUCCUCAACAGAUAUUGAGGUGGCACUACAGGUACUGGAUGCGGUAGUUUGUUACAACUGCCUGCCCUCAGACUCUCUUACUGUCUUCAUCAUCACACUGUGUCGUACUGUCAACGUCAAGGAGUUUUGUGAAUCCUGCUGGAAGUUGAUGAGGAAGGUGUUGGGGACUCACCUUGGCCACAGUGCCAUUUACACCAUGUGCCGCAUAAUGGAGGAGAGAGUGUACAUGGAGGAUGCACCUUUGUUAAGAGGAGCAGUAUUCUUUGUUGGGAUGGCACUGUGGGGUGCGCACAGACUUCCAGCCCUCAAGAACACACCUACACUGGUUCUUCCGUCUUUUUACAAGGCCAUGUCAUGUGCCAAUGAAGUGGUGUCCUACGAGAUCGUCCUCUCCAUCACCAGAUUGAUAAAAAAGUAUGGCAAAGAGCUGCAGGUGGUCACCUGGGACAUCCUGCUUGGAAUCAUAGAGCGACUGCUGCAGCAGAUCCAGACUAUAGGCAGUGCAGAGCUGAAGGCCAUCGUAUAUGAGCUGUUAACCACAGUAGAGGAGCUGUAUGAGCAGAAUGGUUACCAUGGCUCCACCGAGAAGUUUUUCAGUCUGGUGGAAAAAUGUGCUGACAAGAGACCUGAUGCAUCAGUGCUGACCCUCAUCUCAUACAGAGCUCAGUCUAUCCAGCCAGCCAAGGAUGGCUGGAUUCAGAGCCUUCACCGCCUCAUGGAGAAAUUCUUCAGGAAUGAGACCCGCAGCGUUAUAAGGAUCAAAGUGCUUCAUAUCCUGUCCUUCGUUCUCAGUACCAACAGACAGCUUUACGAGGAUGAGCUGAUUGAAAUGGUGGUGAUCCCCCAGCUUAGUGGGAUAGCUGAAGACCGGGACCUGGCCGUCCGAAAACAGGCCACCCAGCUACUGGUGGACCUUGCUGAGGGCUGCAACACACACCACUUCACCAGCCUGCUGGACAUCAUUGAGCGGGUGGCCAGUCGCUCUCUAGUGUGUUCAGGGCCCCUGGAGGUUUCUGAGAGAGACCCCACAGCAGAGUCUCCUAUGGAAGACGUCCGGACUGCUAUACUGGGCCUGCUGGAAAUCCUGCAGAGUAAACUUUACAGCCUACCAGCCAGUCACGCUAGUCGUGUGUAUGAGUUACUUAUCAGCCACCUGCAGCUUCACUACAAGAACAAAUACUGCUCAGCAAUCGCUUCCAGUAUUAGACUGCAGGUGUUUGACUUCUUCCUGAUGAUGCGGGCAGACUCCCUUCACCGUCUUGGAGUCCCCAACAAAGAUGGGGCCAUGAGGUUCAGCCCUUACUGCUACUGUGACACAGGAGAGCCAGAGAAGCGAGUUGCUGAAAAGAAGCCUGCAGGGUCAACAUCUCCUCCUGCUGGCAGCCCUGCUCCAGCCGCUGCUCCUCCUGCUUCGACUGCCUCAAUACGUUCAGCCUACCUGCCCUACGCACCGGCCUUCAGUGUCCUCCUGCAGUGCCUCAAGAUGGAGACAGAUUGGAAGGUGCUGAAGCUGGUUCUCGACAAGCUGCCGUGGACUCUGCAGUACAAAGUGCUGCUGCUCACGUCACCAUGCAGCUUGGAUCAGCUCUGCUCUACACUCUGCUGCAUGGUUACAGAUCGGAUGAUCUCUGAGCGCUUGAAGAAGACCCCAGAGGGAUUCUCUCGCACUGAUGUCCAGCUGGCGGUGGUUCCUGUCCUCACAGCGAUCACUUCCUACCAUAACUACCUGGAGCAGUCGAGACAGAGAGAACUGGUUCAGUGCCUCGAGACUGGCCUCAUUUACCGCUGUGCCAAACAGUGUGUGGUGGCUCUUACAAUGUGCACGGUGGAGAUGCCUGACAUCAUGAUCAAGCUCCUCCCCGCUCUUAUCGUCAAGCUCACCCACAUCUCUGCAACUGUUGCCAUGGCGUCUCCUAUGCUCGAGUUCCUCUCCACUCUGGUGCGCCUGCCCCAUCUCUAUGCCAACUUUGUAGCUGAGCAGUAUGUCAGCGUGUUUGCCAUCUCUCUACCCUACACUAAUCCCUCCAAGUUCAACCAGUAUAUCGUGUCCCUUGCCCACCAUGUGAUCGCCAUGUGGUUUAUUCGCUGCAGACUCCCCUUUCGUAAGGACUUUGUUCAGUACAUCACAAAGGGUUUGCGAUCCAAUGCCCUGCUGCCAUUCGAUGAUGGCCAUGAGCAAAGUUCAUUUCGUGCCCGAAGCACCAGCCUCAAUGAAAGGCCCAAGAGUCUGCGGGCAGCAAAAGUGGCGAAGGCGGCAGCAGCUGUAGCCAAUAGCAGCAGCUCUCCAGUUAAAGAGCUGAGGGACCUGUCAGCCAUGGAUGCUUUCCGCUCCCGCAGCAUCAGUGUCUCCGAACAUGCGGUCCGCAGGAUGCAUACCUCGACCACCACCUGCAGUCUGGGCUCCGCUGAUGAAAACGCGGUGACUCAGGCAGACGAGGGGUUGAAGACUGUCCACCUGGAGCUCACAGAGACCUGUCUGGAUAUGAUGGCACGAUAUGUCUUCUCUAACUUCUCUGCCCUGCCCAAGAGGUCUCCCAUCGCAGAGUUCCUUUUGGCUGGGGGUCGCAGUAUGACCUGGCUGGUGGGCAACAAGCUGGUGACCAUAACAACCAGCGGAGGGGUCCGAACUCAAGCGCUGCUGGGCCUGGAUAUGGCUGAACGACUGGGAGGAGGAGGGGAAAUGACCAGGUCAGAUCCAUCACUCCACACCAGGAUCACGAAAGAGGCUCCAGCUAAACUGGAGUCACAGUCGAGCCAGCAGCACAACAGAGCCACACGCAUACGGGUCCGCUCGAUGUCAGGUGGCCAUGCUCUGCGUGCUGGUCCUGCUCAGAGUCUCAGUCCACUGGUGUCUCCCUCUGAAGGCGAGUUAGCUGCUCCACUCUCUCCCCCCUCUGCCUCCACCCUGGAUGGUUUGGGUCCUCCCUCCUCCACCUCUGCUGCCCCGUCUGCACCACAGCCCCUCAAAGACAACCCCAGCCUGGCUGAGUUUGUCCCUAUGCUCACACAGGGCUGGGCAGAAAUCUUCAUACGGAGACCGUCUGGUAACACGAGCUGGCUCAUGUGUCUGGAGAACCCACCCAGUCCCUUUUCUUCAGAGCUCGGCAACAUGCCGCUGCAGGAACUCUCCACUGUCCUUAUGGCCAUGGAGGGAGUAAAGGAGCCUCCUACCCAGACAGCCAGUGCUCCCGCCAGCACUGCUGCUCCUGCUCCUGUCUCUGAGCCACUAACCCAAACACACAGCAGUGUUGGAGGAAAGGCAAACCUGAUUCAGCGCUCUAAUACUGUUGGCGGCUCUCUCUGGUCUCUGGGUUUGGGCUCUGCCCCACUAGGCCCUCCAGCCCCUGGCAGGUUGCACAGGAGCAUUUCCUGGGCAGACUCUGUGGUGGUGCUCGAGGAGGGGUCAGGGGUCACUACAGCACACACGCCAUCUGAUUGGCUAGAGAGUGAAGAGUUUGAGCCAAUUACCUCUGAUCCCAUCUUCAUGUCUGCAGACAAGUUCACCAAGACCCCGCCUCCUGGAACGCUCAGCAGGUCCUCCUCGACCUCCAGUCAAGAUGAUGAAAAGUCAACGCUGGAGGAAGUGAGUGAGGGAGCGAUUCCUAUCGAUCAGCCCACUGCGGGACCCUCCACUCCAGGCAGUCAGGGGCCUGAGCUUCCCUUCCAGACCCACACUCAGUCCCAGGGUCAUGGACUCAACAAGUCCAGCUCCUCUCCGGAGCUCCAAACCUUACCCGAAGCCUUCUCCAAGGCUGCUAUGGAGUCUGAGACUGCGCCAGGAGACACAUUGUGGCCCAAAGCACCUUCCUUAGAUGGCAAGCCUCAGCCCCAGCAGCCUCAUUUUGAGAAAGAGAAGGUGGAAGGACUCACAGGAGGGGACGUUAAUGGACUGGGAGGUCAGAGUCAAGGGCCUGAAGCCCCAGGUGUAGUGCCAUCUCAAAGUGGAGGAGCAAGAAUGAGGCUGGAGUUUCCAGCAGCAGCGGCGCAAGCUGGACCCAUCUCCCCCAGUGGAGGCCACAGACCACGGGGUCACACCAUCUCAGUAUCAGCCCCUUCCUCCAGGAGGGAGAGGAGGACAGACAGGGACUCGUACCAUAGUCGACCCGGACCCAGCAACACAGAGAAGAUCUCUGGACUGAGCCCCAGCUUUGUCUUCCUCCAGCUGUACCACUCUCCUUUCUUUGGGAACGAAGCCAACAAGCCGCUGUUGCUCCCCAAAACUCAGGUGAUUGAUCGUGCUGUGAAGGUCCUGGACCAGAUGCCUCCUUAUGACACCCAUAAGAUCGGAGUGGUGUUUGUUGGAGCUGGUCAGGUCAACAAUGAGGUCGCCAUUCUGUCAAACGAGUACGGUUCAAACCGCUACGCCGCCUUUCUAACAGGCCUGGGCAAACUAAUCCAUCUGAAAGACUGUGACCCCGACCAGAUCUUUCUUGGAGGGCUUGACCAGUACGGAGAUGAUGGAGAGUUCACCUACUGCUGGCAUGACGACAUCAUGCAGGCUAUCUUCCACAUAGCCACACUGAUGCCAAACAAGGAGAGCGACAAGGGCUGCUGCAACAAAAAGCGUCACAUUGGCAACGAUUUUGUCAUGGUGGUGUACAAUGACUCUGGAGAGGAGUACAAACUUGGCACCAUAAAGGGUCAGUUUAACUUCGUAGAAGUCAUUAUAAAGCCACUGGAUUAUGAAUGUAACCUUGUCACCCUCCAGUGCCGCAAAGACCUGGAGGGAUUAGUUGACACCACAGUGGCCAAAAUUGUUUCAGAUCGGAACCUUCCACUGUUAGUCAGACAGAUGGCUCUGCAUGCUAAUAUGGCGUCUUUAGUCCAUCAGUACAGAGCCAACCCGUCCGAUGCUUAUGCCUCUAAGUGGCUGGCUAGAUUAAGGCAUAUAAAGAGAAUAAGGACAAGGGCCCAGGAGGACAUCCAGUCACGUUCGACUCCUGGCAUCUCUCUGACCCAGGGACAUGCUCAGCCAAACAAGGCAAUACAGCAGAGCACUCCACCACCAAACCCCGAAACCAGUGGGCAGAGAAAGAGACUUGUAUCCACAGUUGAUGAUUUUACGGAUUUUGUUUGAUUACAUUACACACACUCACACACACACACACCCAAACUGCAGACAUGCACACACUUGCCUCAAAGCGGAGACAAGUUUACUUUCACUUCUCUGUUACCCCUUGUCCCCCACAUGAGCUCUGGUUCUUGAAGUGGUUCCCUUCAGGAUUCUUGGAACCUUGGUGCUAUCUAGCAAACCAGCGUGUUUCCAACAGUUUUGCACAGAACCAUUAUAAUCAAGGAUGUAGAAUCAACGGAGGGUGUCGGCACAGUGCACAAUGGAAGUAAUCAGUAGUAGCAAAAUUGCUAAUUUGCAUCGAGUACCUGCAAACUAUUGUUCUCUUAUUACAGAUAUUUGUUUUUAUCCAAAAGACAAGCAUGAGCCAACAAUUAAUGAGAUGACCGCACGCUCUUUUUGUCUGAUGAUCUCUCAUUUGAUGUCUCCAUUGUUGCCUUCUCCAUCUUCUCUUUCCAACCUGUAGAAUAUGACACACACUGAUGUCUCAGUUCGCACUUGAGAGCAAGGAAACCUGCUAUUUUCUGGUUCCAGAUGAGAACCAACUUUUCUGGUUCCGAACCAGUGUAUUUUUGGGGGAAAUGCUCUGACUGGUGCAAAGGUAGGUUUGGGGAACCGGCUUAAUGUUGGUGGCAAAGGGGUAUGAGUUGAAGAAUUCAGGACGACACACUGAUUUUGAUUCAAACCAGUCGGGACUUUGUAUUGGGGAAACUCAUGAGCUUCAUGGUAUCAUAAAGGCUUAUUUUGUGAUGAAGUAUUGAUAUGUGAAGACAGUAAUUUCUGCAUAUUUUUCGAACAUUUUGAAAUGCUAACGCUUUGCACUUUUUAGGUCUAAUCAAUAUGUUUCUGAUGUGCAACACGAGAUGAGCAAAGUUGUACAGAACACUACGUUUGAGAGAGCAGGGUGUGUUUGUGAGUAAAUAUAUGUGUGGAAUAAAGAAGUGAACAUGAAAAAGGCUUGAGAUUUGGAUUUUGUGAUCGCUUGAGUGCAGACCACAAACCUGUAGCAAAGGGCCAGAGGGUAACUUUAACCAAAACCAUUUAAUCACGCACAGUUCAGCUGUCAAACUCUUUAUUCGACUUUGUCAAGUGCAAAAGCAGGAGAAGUGCUACAGCUGCAAAAUUACAGAUAUGAGAUACAAAGAAGAGCACAGACAGAUGUUUUCAAAGACACGUGUAACACCAUUUUAAAACAAAAUGCAUCGUACAACAUAAAGAGACAAGACAAGAAUGUGGGCUUUGGCACUAUCUUGUUACACACUACACAUAGCAGGAAUAGGACGGCCAGCGGAGGCGUCGAUGGCUGAGCUUCCUGCAGUUUGUGGUUGGCAUAUUGUGAGCAAAGAUUUACAUUAAAUACGUGGAUAGCUUUGGCUGUAGUGCUUCAGUUAAGAUUGGAGAAAUGUAAAACUUUGGGGUUUGCAACACCAGUGCUUGACCUAAUGCAUAUGCCACUGUAGCACAUAAACAAUACUGAUCAUGAAAAGCAAAAUUAUUUACAUCAUGAAGCACCAAUAUAUACAGAAAUGCACACACGCAGAUGAAGCAGGGUCUUUUUCUGUCCUUUUUGAAAGAGCCUGAACCGUGAGAUAUUAAUGCGACUUUAUGGGCAGGAAAAGGUGAGAUUUAAAACCACAUGGGGUGUUAACAUUUAAUGCUGUGUAACGGUGGGGUCUAACUGAAGGAGGCACUCUGAUAUGCCCGUCUACCAUUUUUCAUAUCCUUUUAAAAACCCAUGAAAACAGUUUUUGGCUGACAGAAGAAGGAAGAUGAAGUCUAAAACAGGCUGGCAUGAUUUAACCACAAAAUAUAUCAUUUCCAUAUAUCAUUUCCUUAGAUUACUGAAAACACCUAUUUUACCCCCAGUUUUGGUUUUCCUGGCUCUCUCUCCAGGUUCGGGGGGAAAAAGGGUGGGUUCCCUGAGAUCUGCCCACUGGACACAGGAAGUACGUAUGUUUAUCAAAAUAAGACAUUAUAAAAAAGGAAAGUUAUCAAAACUAGGGCAGACAAAAGUACACAUACAACUGCUAGCUGUGGCUUCGACACCUUGAUAAUACUUACUAGGAUGUUUCUAUAAUGUGUUAAAGAUAUGAAAUGAAAACUCGACACAUGAGCGUUAAAUAUGGGCGUUGGAUAUCAGCUCCAUUAGGAAAUAAAGUGCUAAGUACAAAUGAAUGAAUGAAUUACUUGGCAUGGUACAACUCACAAUGCAUACAUAAGCUUUGGCAACGUUUAUAGUUUAGAUACAGUAUGAGUGAAGCUUUCUCUAUUGGUUUGGACACCAAGCUUAUUUUACAUCACAACUCAUCAAAAAAAACCAAAACAAUU